AUGCUGCUCAAGAUCAUCCGCGCCGAGGCGCUGGCGGCCGCGGACAUGAACGGCAAGAGCGACCCGUUCGUGCGCGUGUUCUACGACGGCAAGGAGGUGGCGGCGUCGCACCGCGUCAAGCGCUCGCUCAACCCGCGCUGGGACUUCGACGUGACCAUCACUCUGGUGCACGCCGGCCCGCUGGACGUGGAGCUCGAGGUCUUCGACAAGGACGAGCUGUCGCAGAACGACCUGCUCGGCGCGCUGCGCGUGCCCUUCCCGGAGUGGCGCGCGCUCGUGGAGGAGCACCAGCGGCGCAAGCGCCAGCGCGCCGAGGCCCUCAUCGCCCAGGCCCAGCAGACCGACGCGCCGCCCGCGCGCGCCAAAGGCUCCAAGUGCGUGGACGUGCGCCAGAUGCACGCGUACAGUACAACCGAGUCGGGCUACAACUUUAACGGCAGUGACAGCAAACUGCUGCAGAGGCAGACCGCCCCGCACCCGCUGGAUUUGCAGCGGCGGUCGCGGUCGCUUAACUCUAGCGGGGGGUACCUCCAGGCGGAGACCAAGGGACGCGCGUCCGUGGCCUCCGGGGAGCUCUCGGUGGAUACCUUUGACGUGGCCAUGGAGAUUAACCCCGUGUUUAUCUGGUGCAGGCUCGUGAAAGGCUCGGCGGCGCAGGGGCGCAUUCUGUGCAGUAUUCAGUACGAGGAGAGGGACUUCAAGUACCUGGUGAAUCACCCGUACGGCACCAGCAUCCAGGAGGUAUUCUUGCCGCAGAACCCCCGGUUUGAGCAGGCGUACUGCCACUUGCCACGGAGCUGGCAUCCCGAUGUGGCGGUGAGGCAGGACGAACUCACUGCGAUGCACGCUGGAACCCCCAAGGACUGCCUCUUUCCGUGGCACGAGAAGCUGCUGCACAUGGUGGAAGAAGUCACGGUUACGUUUCACGUGAACGAGUCGAACCAGGGCGUGCUGGCGACACUGGUGCUGACUAACUAUCGUAUUUGGUUCGUGCCGUACCGGAGAGUGAGGGGUUUGCUGCACGAGGACGUGCAUACGCUGCCGGUGAGCAAGAUCCUGAAGGCGUCGAUUCAACAGCAGAAGCGCAGCAACAACAACACGAUCACGGUGCUCAUUCUGGACAAUAUGGACGCAGGACACUACCAUGUGACGCUCUCGCCGAUUUCGCGGCUUCGGGAUUCUGUACGGGACUUUUCACGUGAGGCGGAGCUGAAGCGUGUCAAGACGCUGCAUAAUAUUGUACGGGAGAUCGAUUGGCUGCGCAUUGAAAACAGUUUUUGCUCUCCAACAGACCUGAAUCACACCGUGGCUACUGCUGAAGAGAUGCAGCUAGAGGACGAUCUACUUCAUUAUACACCCAAGCACAGUAGCUCGUCGUUGCCUCCACCCAUGGCUCGAGCGCUUACGGCAAAUUUCAGCAAGUAUCAGAAGCAUGGAUUUGCAAGUGAAGAUGGAAGUGGCGGACCGAUGGGGCGGCCCAAGUUCGGGCAUCAGCACAGUGACUCAUCUGCUUAUCCCAAGCUACCGCACACUAUGUCGGACAAGAAGUUGGUCUCGGAUGGCUAUGGGCACAGAUCUGUGGCAGCAAGACGGCGUAUUCGCUACGACCCGGAGGCUGAAUUUCGUCGACAGGGCGCAUUUGACCAUCCUCGCUGGCGCCGGUGCAAACUAAAUGAGCAGUACCAGCUGUGCUCUACGUAUCCGGCGUUUCUCAUGGUACCCGAGUGUCUGAAUGAUGAGAUCAUCAAGGCGGCUGCGGGUUUCCGCAGCAAAAAUCGAUUUCCAGCGCUGACAUGGAUUCAUCCUCGUACUGGAGCACCUUUAUGCCGAAGCAGUCAGCCCAACACUGGUGUGCUUCGCAGCACUAACCCAGAGGACAAGAAGUUGAUCUGGGCCAUCCGAGACGCAGCUAUUCCAGCCGACCAAGCAGCUCGAUCCAAACACGCGAUGCCCAAGAAGAAUAGUGUUGUGCACAUCGUUGACGCGCGACCAGAGAUUAACGCGAAGAGUAAUGCUCUUGCUGGAAAAGGGCACGAGUCUGUGAAGCAGUAUGAUCGCGAUGGGAUGCCUAUGGCUGCAAUCACGUUUAUGGGAAUCGACAAUAUUCAUGUGGUGCGCAACUCGCUGUCUGGUCUGGCCCAGGCACUUUAUGAGGUGGACGAUUCCAACUUUUUCGGAGCUGUGCAGAAGAGUCGUUGGUUGGAGCACAUCUGCAGUAUUCUUCAAGGCGCAAGCGAAGUAGCGACACAUCUCGAGCGUGGUGAUGCUGUACUUGUUCACUGCAGCGAUGGAUGGGAUCGAACGGCGCAGCUUUCUGCGCUGGCGCAAAUCAUGCUCGACCCCUAUUAUCGUACCCUAACAGGACUGUGCCAGCUCGUAGAAAAGGAAUGGUGCUCAUUUGGACACAUGUUCGCCAGGCGCUGUUCGCACCCGACUUCCGACCAAACCUCGCCAAUUUUCCUGCAGUUUAUCGAUGCCGUGUACCAGCUUACGCUCCAGUUCCCGACACACUUCCAAUUCAACGAAUUGCUGCUGUCCACCGUUGCUGAAGCUGUCUACUCGUCAUGGUAUGGCACAUUUCAGAAGAACUCGGAAUGUGAGCGGCGGCUCUUCUUGUCGAACGUCGCCAGCGUCAGUGUGUGGGAUGUCAUCCGCUCCACCACCGACAAAUUUCUGAAUCCAUUGUAUGCUGGAGAGGUGCAUGCAUCUGCAGGAAGCGGAUCACACAUGGAGCCAAUGCUGCCUGUGUGCCGUGUGCGCGUCAUGCAGUUGUGGGUCAGUCAGUACCAGAAGGCUAUCGGACACAUGCGACUACAGCAGCGCGAAUUUGAGAUGCUACAGCUUAUUCGACAGCAAGAAGCUGAUCUAUCGCGUUUGUACGCUAUCUUGACCAAUGAACAGCAGCUGGAGUUACGUGCAGGGCAGCUUCGGUCGGACAUUGCAAAGUUGUCACGCAGCAUGAACCUGAAGUAUCUAGAUGAACCAAAUACGCCGUCAAAAGAAACAGAGGGGAAUAGAGUCAUGUCAAGCGCUCGUGGAGAAUCCCGCCAUAACUCGUCCAAGCGUCCUACAGCCGCCUCGCUGGACUUCCACGAUCUGGCUAGCAUUGUGGCGAUGGGUACUGCAGGAGCUCAAGCAAGGGCGGCAGCAGCAGCGGCAUCUUCUCCUCCUCGCGAGCACAUGACGAUGGCGCAGAUGCUACAACGCGUGAACCUAGAUGCAUCUUCCGGUCCUGCUUCUUCGGGAGCAGCACCGUUCCAAUCGCACAAUGUACCAAACCCACGCCGACGCAAGUCGAUUACGAGUCGGUCCCGAAGCAACAGCCUCAAGAACACCUUCAUCAACGUGGUUGCACAGAUGAAAGGUGGCUCCCACGACAAGGACAUCGAUGAGCCUGCGGAUGUUGGCUCUGCUACGCUCCCAAACCCUAUUCGUGUGAGUGAAGCCCGACGCAAUGCCCGCUUGAGCUCACCUUCUCGGCGGGAUGAGCUCAAGCGCGAGCUUCGUGACCUCGAGACUCAACUUUCGAAGCUAAAUCUCCAAGUCAACGCGAAGGAGGACACAGCAAAGCAGACAAUGCGGCGCUUCCGCUGCUACAACUACAACCUCCCAGAAACAGCGCUGCGCAACGAAAAUGACACGCUUUCCCCCAGCAGCAGCAAGAAGGUUCGACUGGGCGGCUCGAACGGCCUGAGGAACCCGUCCCCGAAAAUGUCGUCACCGCCGUCGUCUUCGUCUUCGCCUGGCUCGGGCUCAACGUCGGCCUCAGCUAUAUGUGGCGAAUUGGGCGACUCAAGUUCAUUGGAUGGAGACUCGCGCCACUUCACGCCUGGAAGCUCGCCAUUGCUUGGAACAGAUAAAGUGAUAUCUGGGGGAAACUACCUGAAUUCGCAGCCUGUGUGGGAGCGUGACGAAGACGCCCCGUGCUGCAAGCGCUGCAAGAAGAAGUUCAAGGCGCUAUUGCGCAACCGCCAUCACUGCCGUUGCUGCGGCUACGUCUUCUGCAGUCGCUGCACGAGCCACCGCAUGAGUCUCCCAGACUUCGGAUACUACGACGUCGUCCGCGUAUGCAAGGUCUGCUACAACUCAGGCGAGGAUGGGUAA